AUGCAAUUCCUGCUCCACAUCUGCCAUUUUCUAGCCUUGAGCCAUCUGGCCAAAUUGCCAGUCCAGGAGGGAGAGAUUGCGCGGCUGCAAGGGCCUCUGGGCCUGGUAGCACGUCUAUUCGGUCUGGAAACUGGCUACUGGUCGUCUGUAUCGUGCUCUCAAAGCCCUCGGAUGGGUCCACUGGCAUAUUCAUAUUACCAUGGAUAUGUCUUCGAAAAGAGUGACUGCAUUGUUCGUCCAUUAGAAUCCGUCAGCAACACCGUGGAAAGACUCUCCGUGGGUCUAGAUCACUAUCCAGUUUUAUUUAAUGAGAGGGACUUCAAUGAGACAGAAGUAAGCCGAUAUGAGCAUGUACAAGAGGCAUUGAAGAAGUUUACCCGCCUCAAAACAGUCGAACUGCCCAUCUGCCUCUUAGUCAGUUAUGAUGUAUAUCCUGAGAAUGACGUUGACCUGAGCACUAUCUGGCCAGACACACUGUGCGAGGUUGGCCUGAGAAUCGACAUGAAAGCCAGUCACGACAAUGAGUGGGAUGAGUUGAGGAUGGUUGAUUGGGUGUACGAUGUUCUCCUGAAGCAGCGAGAUGCGGCCCCACACCUCGAAUGGAUCACCAUUCGGUUUUGGGAACCGUUUGAUGAUGACCUUUGGCAAGAAUAUGAGAAGCGGUUACAAGCCAAAUGUGAAGAAAUAGGCAGUCCUUUCGAAUUCAUGAACGAUGAUCUAUCCCGGCGAUUGUGGAUGCGGACAAUUUCAUGGCUUUCUACGUCUCUCGGAUCGUAG